CAACUGCCCCGCUCUCGGUUGAGGCUGAAUGCUGACAUGGCUGGUACGUCUAUCCCCUGUCAGUGCCACCCCCCGCACCAGGCUGAGAAUCACACUUUUCUUCGCUAUAACUCCCUUCAGUGGGUGAAAGCCUCCCCUCUCUAGUCUGAUGUACUAGAAUGUAUCAUGUCAGGCUUCGAAGUUGCCGGCGUUGUGUUGGGCUCGAUCCCUAUCUUAGUGGAGGCAGUGAAGAGCUACGCGGAUGGCGUUUCAACUGUUAAAGGCAUAUUUACCUACGAAGAAACAUAUCUAGAGAUUCAUUCGUCUUUAGUCGUUAGUUUGGCUAGUUUCCGACACUCAUGUGAGGGGCUUUUACGUGGUCUUGUGCUCCCGCACUCGCAAUUUGUAGCACUAAUUGAAAGAUAUGAGGGUUGGGAUGACGAGGAUCUAGCCAAAAGACUGAAGAUUAAGAUGGGCGAGAGGGAUUUUGAUACUUACAUGACGUUUGCCACGAGGCUGCGAAAACGACUUGUAUUGCUUGCGGAAAAGCUGCACCUUCGAAAAGAUUUCACCCCUGUAUUCGUGAUAGACGGUAAUAUAGACCCCAAGAAGCGUAAACAGUUCUUCAAGAAUCCAAUGGCAAGGGUGCGUGGUGCCAUCGAAUCCUCCAGACUUAAGAAAGUAGUUGAAGAAAUUGCUACCGAUGUUGGAAGACUGCGAGAUCUUUCCAACGAUGCUCCAAAGCUGGAAGAAGAGCGACAAGAACGUGCAAGCGCAUCUGUUUCCACAUAUUGGUUGUCGAUGAGAGAUCAUGCUUCUCUCGUGUUCACGGCUCUGCAGUCUGCGUGGUUUCACGGUUGUCAGAUUCACAAACACCUCGUCAACCUCUGUGUCACUCGACCAGAAUCCAAGACUUUCUUCCAAGAUCUCGCCGUCGCGCAACUUGGCUUCGAGCUGGAAGCUGCAAAUAAAAACACGAUCCAACGACAAGUCAAAGUCAUUGCCUCUGCUCCUAGCAAUAUCAGUCCAGCACCAAAACCCGGGACCAAGAAGCUCAGAUUUGCAGCCGAGCCAGCUAGAAUGCCCAAUCACGAAGUAUGCAAACCAGAAAAAAUAUUGAGUCUAUGCGCCUCACUCAGUAAAAAGUGUCCGGUCGACUGUCUUGGCUAUCUUCACGUGGACACAACGAACAAUGACUAUCAUUUUCAUAGCGUUGAAGCGUGGCCACAAUCAAGCGACUUAGUACCCCUUCGACGCUACUUACAACAACGCAUUACUACACGAUCUGGCAUUCCGCUCCGCGAACGUUGUAACUACUCCAUUCAACUUGCGUCUGCUGUUAUGCAACUCUUCGAUACACCAUGGCUAGACCCUCACUGGACCCUCGACGACAUCUACGUGGACAAAAACACGCAACAUCCGCGCGGUCAAAUCUAUAUAAAGUCAUUGUUCCGCCAAAAUACGCCAUCUACGUCUCCAUCUACCUCCAACACCAUGGCUCUCUCAACCACGCCCCCGUUUGUGAAGAACGAAAUUGUCUUUGCCCUUGGAAUCGCCCUCCUCGAACUUGCUCAUGCAGGCAAAGAACUGUCUUCAUUUGCUACGCCCUCUGAUCUGGAUAAAGAUGGCAAUUCGCACCUUUUUACACGAUACAUGAUCACCGACAGACUGACCAAAGAGAUGCAAGUGGUUGAAUCGCCACGAUUCGCGUGCGCAGUUGCAAAGUGUGUAUGGCCGGCGUCGGAUACAUUCGAAUUUCGUUUGAGUAAUGAGGGAUAUAGGAAGCGGUUCUGGGGGGAUGUGCUACAGCCGCUCGAGAAAGACUGGGAGGCUUUGUUUGGGAGCCAGUGA